AUGUCACCACCAAACAAACGCCGCAGAAUCGACGGCCAGUUUAGCCCGUUCGAGGGUCAAUCUCAAGAUUUCGAUGUGAACCAAGCUAGAAAGGCAAACGAUCUACGGCUCAAGUCUCGAUUUGAGUCCAUCUUCGAGAAAUACGGGAAGGACUUUAGUUCUGUUGGCGACGAGAUAGAUUUGGCAAAGGGGACGAUUGUGGUGGACAAUGGGCACCUUACCGAGAUGGGCGAUGAACAUGACGUUGGAAGAGGCUUAUGGGACGAUUUUCACCCCGAAGACGAGAGUGAUGAGGACAAUGAUGCGCCAGGUCUGGAUACAAAAUCACCACCCGAUACUACGGGAAGUGCUGAGGGAGGGAGCGCGUUUUUCCAAGAAUGGGUGGUGCAAGAUGAUUACAAUACGCCGACUGAAAAUGGAGAUCAAUUUGCGAACGGAUAUGGAGUGGGCUCCCUGUCUACUUGCAGCAUGAAUCACCACCUGGGACAUCAGAUUUUAAACCACCAGCCAGAAAGCUCUUCGGAAAAGCUCGAUGGGGAUGCAAACCUCACGACCGUUACAACUCCACAAAAGAGUAUUGGGCGUGAUCGUCUGUUUGGUCACGAAAAUUAUGAUACCCCUGCACAUAAUCCUCCUGGGGACUCUAUAUGGGACGCCCCCCCAAUACCAACUACAGCUCUAACAACGGGGCUAGAGGAUAUGGCAAUUGCAGCAGAUAGGCUCAUCGAAAGAACGCCGUCACCAGACAACUCUGGAUCAUUAUGGGCGGCGCCACAUUCAAGGCGCAAGCGGAUACCCCGAAUAAAUGAGCCCAAGGAUCUCCCAAAGCGAACUCCAAUUCGCAAAUCAAAAAUUACCAUUAACGACUCUGAUUCCGACGACCCAAUUCAGGAUGACACUCCAAUAUCCUCAACCCCAAAGCGACCUGUUAAUAUCAAUACCAUUCUAUCACCCAAAAUCUCUACUCUUCAGACUCCAGCUCCUUCUAAAAAUAUAUAUAACCCAUCUCAAGAGGAACCCUUACCUAGCCUUGAACAUAAUGACACCAAUGAUGUUACGAUUAACGAGCAGGAAACUGCUAGCAAUCCCAUUAUGGAUACCCCCCUUACCAACAAGCCAGCUGACCCGGUGACGCCAACUAGCCUCGAAUGUACCCUCGAAGCGGAUAAUUACCUCAAUCAAGAAGUAGUAUCUACGAGCAAAAAAGAUGGAACCACCGGAGCUGAUAAUGUUAUGGAUAGCCCUGGCGCUGAAUUGCUAGCCUCAAAAGACUUGCUUGACACUCUGACACCUCAAGAAGUGAAGAGGCUCGUGACUCUAAGGCUGGUCAAGAGGAAGCCCUGGCGCGAGGUCUCUUUAGCUAUUCCCUCCCGCUCAAAUGUCCAAUUACGUCAGUGGUAUUAUGUCUACUGCAGCCGCAACACCAACAACUUUUCCGCAUCUAAACCUUGGACUGAUGCGGAGCGAACGAAGCUAGGCUCACUCGCACCGGAAACUGGAGAUUCCUGGGAGACUAUUCGAUCUAAAUUCUUAAACAAAAGUUUGGAGGAAAUACAGCAUGAAUGGGUUAAAACUUGCGUUGGAGAAAACCUAUGGGAGAGUUGGGUCAAUUCAAAAACACCAAGCAAAGCAAAAAAGCGAUCGUUUCCCCAGGAACCACAUUCUCCUCAAACACCAAUUGGGAUUUCUACCAUCAUUGCAUCACCACUCCGCCCUACCACACUACCCCGGGAUGUUACUGAACGCCCAGCUGCGAAAGAAACUCCGUCUGAUACCGUAGUUUCCAGAGAAGACCGGGAUGAAAGCCCUGACCCCCUCUCCGAGGCAUUUGAGAAAGCGUGGCAUGGCACUGGUUUGUCUGGAGUGCAGAUAAGCACUCCACCAAGAGCCUCUCGCACGCCUAAGAAGCAUCUUUUGUCCAAUAGCAAAUCUCGCAGCAUUAUCGGAUUAUAA